CGGCGCCACUUAGGGCGGAUCGUCGCGGGGCAGGCCAGACUGGGCCUGGACAGUGCACGAGCCUUGCAAGUGGGGCAGCAGCGGCGUGGCUUGGGGGGCGGCGGCUGCCUUUGCAGAGUUAUGGCCCGGGAGACGACUUUACGCCGCUUACGAGUUACUGGAUUAUUGCAGCCAGGCCAGGAGGAAACCCAGUUCGCAUUUUGGAAUCAGCCUGAACGAGUACUUAAUCCGGGCGAGGUCGAGUCGGAUUGAGGUGCCUGAUUGGGCCCAGAAAUGGGAUGCCAAGCCUCCGCGAGGAGCGCCUCUUUGAGCUGCUGCUGUGACAGCAAGUGACUAAGCUGCCAGAGGAUGUCCACUACUACAGCGGCUGCCCCCACGGGGAUCCCGGCAGUCCCGGGGCCCGUGAACCCUCCCCCACCCGAGGUCUCCAACCCCAGCAAGCCCGGCCGAAAGACUAACCAACUGCAGUACAUGCAGAAUGUAGUGGUGAAGACACUCUGGAAACAUCAGUUCGCCUGGCCUUUCUACCAGCCUGUGGAUGCAAUCAAGCUGAACCUGCCUGAUUAUCAUAAAAUAAUAAAAAACCCAAUGGACAUGGGGACUAUCAAGAAGAGACUAGAAAAUAAUUAUUAUUGGAGUGCCAGUGAAUGUAUGCAGGACUUCAACACCAUGUUUACAAACUGUUAUAUUUAUAAUAAGCCCACAGAUGAUAUAGUGCUAAUGGCCCAGGCCUUAGAGAAAAUCUUUCUGCAGAAAGUGGCCCAGAUGCCUCAGGAGGAAGUUGAACUAUUGCCCCCUGCUCCAAAGGGCAAAGGCCGGAAGCCAGCUGCAGGAGCUCAGAAUGCAGGUACACAACAAGUGGCAGCUGUAUCUUCGGUCUCCCCAGCAACCCCCUUCCAGAACAUACCCCCCACUGUAUCCCAGACACCCGUCAUUGCCGCCACCCCUGUACCAACCAUCACUGCAAACGUCACAUCAGUUCCAGUCCCCCCACCCGCUGCACCGCCUCCUCCUGCGACACCCAUCGUCCCUGUGGUCCCUCCCACACCGCCUGUAGUCAAGAAAAAGGGCGUGAAGCGGAAAGCAGACACAACCACACCCACGACGUCUGCCAUCACUGCCAGCCGGAGUGAGUCUCCCCCGCCACUUUCAGAGCCCAAGCAAGCCAAGGUAGUGGCCCGAAGGGAGAGCGGGGGCCGCCCCAUCAAACCUCCCAAGAAGGACCUGGAAGAUGGUGAGGUCCCACAGCAUGCGGGUAAAAAGGGAAAACUGUCCGAGCACCUGCGGCACUGUGACAGCAUCCUCCGGGAGAUGCUGUCCAAGAAGCACGCUGCCUAUGCGUGGCCCUUCUACAAGCCAGUGGACGCGGAGGCGCUGGAGCUGCAUGACUACCAUGACAUCAUCAAGCACCCCAUGGACCUCAGCACAGUCAAAAGGAAGAUGGAUAGCCGCGAGUACCCAGAUGCACAGGGCUUUGCUGCUGAUAUCCGGUUAAUGUUCUCGAAUUGUUAUAAAUACAACCCUCCAGACCAUGAAGUGGUGGCCAUGGCCAGGAAGCUCCAGGACGUGUUUGAAAUGAGGUUUGCCAAGAUGCCUGAUGAGCCCGUGGAGGCGCCUGCACUGCCCACUCCCACAGCCCCCAUCGUGAGCAAAGGGGCGGAGAGCAGCCGCAGCAGCGAGGAGAGCUCUUCCGAUUCAGGCAGCUCAGACUCAGAGGAGGAGCGAGCCACCCGGCUAGCCGAGUUGCAGGAGCAGACUGACUGCGGAGCCUUCCAGGAUCAGCUGUUGAAUGUCUCCUCUGUGCAGCUGAAGGCCGUGCACGAACAGCUGGCUGCCUUGUCUCAGGCCCCAGUGAACAAACCAAAGAAGAAGAAAGAGAAGAAGGAAAAGGAGAAGAAGAAGAAAGACAAGGACAAAGACAAAGAGAAGGACAAGCACAAGGCCAAGUCUGAGGAGGAGAAGAAGGCCAAGGCAGCCCCAGCAGCCAAGCAGGCCCAGCAGAAGAAGGCUCCCACCAAGAAGGCCAAUAGCACAACCACAGCCAGCAGACAGCUCAAGAAGGGCGGCAAGCAGGCAUCUGCGUCCUAUGACUCAGAGGAAGAGGAGGAGGGCCUGCCCAUGAGCUAUGAUGAAAAGCGGCAACUCAGCCUGGACAUCAACCGGCUGCCCGGCGAGAAGCUAGGACGUGUGGUGCACAUCAUUCAGUCUCGGGAGCCCUCGCUUCGGGACUCAAACCCAGACGAGAUUGAGAUUGACUUUGAGACCCUGAAGCCAACCACGCUGCGGGAACUGGAGAGAUAUGUCAAGUCUUGUUUACAGAAAAAGCAGAGGAAACCAUUGUCAACGAGUGGGAAGAAGCAGGCAGCCAAAUCGAAAGAGGAGCUAGCUCAGGAGAAGAAAAAGGAGCUGGAGAAGCGGCUACAGGAUGUCAGCGGACAGCUGAACAGCAAAAAACCCACUAAGAAAGAGAAAUCCGGCUCAGCGCCCUCAGGAGGCCCGUCAAGGCUCAGCAGCAGCAGCUCCUCUGAGUCUGCGAGUAGCAGCUCCAGUGGGUCGAGCUCCGACAGCAGUGACUCAGAGUGAACUAGGACUGGAACAGAGCUGGACAAAUGGACGUGGCGCACGCCAACGCAGUGUCCCCUCCUAUGGUUAAUAUACUUUCGUUCCAUGGUGUGCAGGUUUUCUUUUACUUCAGUGUUAUGAUCUCUUCCAGCUGUGCUCCGGUAGGGCGGAGAGCCUCGCACAUGCACCAGGCCCCACGAGAGGGCCAAGCUCUGCGGGGGAAAUGCCUUUGCAGCUCGGUUUAGUUAUUUGGAGACUGCGCCUGGGAUGCUAACCUGAUGGCCAUAGACACGGCGGGCUGGAGGUGUGGCUGGACCUGCCCAAUCCCUCCUCAGGCCCAGCCUCUCCCAUAGUAACUUGAAGGAAGCUUUUCAAGGGUAUUUCUCUGGAAUGGGCUCUGUGUUUCAAAGCUGUUAGAACACUAACCAGCUGGUUGCUUCUCUCCACGGGGGCUGAAGACACGUGUCAGCCCAUGGGAACCAGCCUGGGCGGGCCCUAGUGGAGGGUCCUGGUAGUUGCAGACCAGAGCGUCACACAUCUGGGCUGGACAUGGAGGAGAGGGGUGCUGAGUUCUUUGGUCCUUUGGCUGUGUGUGCAGUGUGCAGAUUUCGGGAUACCGAAACUUUUACCUCAACUUAAGGGAAUAAAAACUAAAAACAAACAAAAAGAUUUAAAAAAACCUUUUUUGUAAGUUCAUCCAUUUUCUACAGAAGUCCAGCCCAGCAUCCCCACUUGGCUAGCGCUACCCGGCUGCCACCGCCUAACGCUCUGAACCGCCUCCCCAGUUUUAUGUAUAUAUAAAUACUUUAUUUAUUAACAUCAUUGGUCAUUUUUUAAAAAAUGAAAAAGAAAAAAAAAGAAAAAACAUAAAUAAGUGCAUUGAAAGAAACAUUGAGGAUGCAGGCCUCUGGCCACAGGGAGCCUAGGCCGGUGCGGCGCACCCGUCCCAGUGCUGGUGUUCAUCGUGGCUGGCUUCUCGGGGCUCGUUGGCUUUUUUUUUUUUUUUUUUUUUUCUGUUUUUUAAAAUGAAAUUCGGGGACUUUCCAAGUGUAAACACCCUUCAGCUGCAGCACAUCUUCAUUAUCUGUUAAGUCUUUUCUUACUAACUUCUGGUCUUAUAAAAGACAUCAACGGAGGGAACCUCGGUUCUUUAACACAAGCUUUGUAUGUAAGCUGAGAGAAAAGUGAUGUAUAUCAGGUCAAGGCCUUGACAUUUAAUUUUCUAUUGUAAAAAGUAAUAAGACACAGAGUUUAACAGAAAGUCCUGUUGGGUUUGUUGUUUUUGAGGCUGCCGGAUGAUUUUGGAACGCAGGGUCAGCCUGGGGUAGUUGUGAGCUUUGUGGCCUCAGGCAGGAGCGCACAGCACAGGCCGGUCUCCCAGGCCUGGGAGCACUUCCCACUGCAGCCUGCAGAGGCUCUCCUUGACCUGCCUGCUUUCCACAUGCGUUCCUAUCCAAGAAUUUCCAGUUAGCCCAGAAGAGACUGGUUCUCCUGACCCCACUGAGGGCCCCAAGGUCAGGGUCUUCCAUUGCUUCUAGGCAGAGCUAAGGACUCAUCCUCACCCAUGUAGCCCUACAUGGACAGGCAGUGUGGGUGGGUGCAAGCUCUGGAACAGGCUGGCUGGCAUGUCUGCACGCCUGGUGAGUAAUCAGCCACUUAAACUUAUAAGCCAGUUUUGUUUAUAAUAAAGAUAUAAGUGGAUUUUAAGGUUCCAUUUUUUUUUAAGGUUACCCUUGUUUUUCAAAGGUAUUUUUUAAACAGAUCUUUAAUAGAAUAUUUAAGCUGUGACUGUAAGAAAUAAACAAGAGUAAACUGACAGACCUUCACGUGGGGUCUCAGUGGUGGCCUACCAUGACAGCUUAGCCUGUGUGCCUAGGCAAGGCACAGUGCCUGGGCAUAUGUAGAGAGUGCCCCUGUGAGCUGCUGGGCAAGCAGAGUCUGGCCCUGAGGUGAUUCCCCGCAGCAGGGCGCUGGUACAGAGCUGGGCAUGGGGUGGACGGUCUGGCAUUCCUGUGGCUGUGGUCCCUACUGAGCAGCCUUGGUCAUUGGUGCUUUUAACUUUUUUUUUCUUUGUGUCCAGACUUAAAUUGUUUUGUCUUCAGAGUUUUGGAGGACCCCAGUCCCCACAGUGCCAGGCUGCAGGGUAACUGCCAUUCCCUAGACUGUCCAGUGCAGAGGUAGAGGGCAGCUGUCCACUGGCUUCCUUAAGGGUCAAAUGCAGGGCUGGGGUGGGCACUUGGCAGUCUGGGUCUCAGACCUCCGCAGGCUGGGUAGCUCAGCUUGCUUGCAGACUGGAGACGUUUUCUUGUGUGGUUUUCUGGGGUUUGUCCUGCAGCUGUCAUGGCUUUACAGUCACUUGGGAAAUGCAAGCCACUGUUAAAGCUUCCUCCUGUUCACCACUGUCCCUGCUCCUGGCAUGACUCUUCCAGAAGCUUUCCUUUUUUUAUAUAUAUAUCUAUAUAUAUAUAUAUAUUUAAAAUGUUCUUUUCUGUAUGAUGUGCAUGCAAGUUUACCGUAACUUUUCUUAAACUUUUUAGUGCCGUUUCUAGUAUAUUCCUGUAAAUGUCAGUUACUGAAAAUGAGUCCAUUGUAAGUAGUUUAGCUUGUUUUUUGCAAUGCCGGCCUCAACACCACAAGAGUAAAAAAACGGUAGGAAGUACUCUGGUGUCUCUGGUAAUCAUGAACCUUUCUCCUAGGGUAUUUGUUUUGUUUUCAUAAUAAAAAGAAAGGGAAAGAA